AUGCAACCAAUGCCUAACCGCCUGGGCCUGGGCAUGCGCCCCGGAGUUCCCUCCUUCGGCCAGGGCCCAUCCAUGUCCGCGCUCGCACAGCAAGCACAGAUGGGCGGACCCGGCGGCAUGGCUCUCCCGCCUCCCAUGGGCGCUGGACCCAUGGGCGGGGCGUUCGUGCCUCCCGGUGCGCAGAAGACCGCGACGCUAUUCGUCGGCUCCAUUUCGGGUGGAAUUACGGACGCGUUCUUGAACAGGUUGCUCGCCACUUGUGGACCUGUCAAGCCUAUCAAACGACUCAUUACGCCUGCGAACAAGCCGCAGGGAUUCGGGUUCGCCGAGUUCGACGAUGCGGACUCAGCUCUGCGUGCGAUCACCCUCCUCCAGGGCGUGGAACUCCCGGCGCUUGAAGACGGCUGUGCGAACAAGAAGUUGCUGAUUAAAGCAGAUGAGAAGACGAAGCUAUUCCUCGACGCGUUCUCCGCGCAGAAGAUGAAAACUGACGAGGAUGAAGCCAGACUCGCCGACUCCCGCGCCAAAAUUACCGCCCUCGUCGACGAGAUCAACGCCCUCUCCGCCGAAGCCGCCAACUCGGGCCUCCUCGACAAGGAAAAAUACGUGAUCCCACCGCACCUGCACGACCUGCAAGAAGCCGACCUGCCCGAGACGCAGCGCGGGCUCGUCAUCAGCGAGAUCGCGCAGUUCCGCGAGAGCGCAGCCAAGCGGGAGCGCGAGAAGCUCAAGAACGUCAGGGCGAACAUGGCCGCCGCGACGAACUCGUUUGGGUCACCUUCGCCCGGGCCCGGCCCUGCGAAUGGGAACGCGCCGAAUGGGCCGAAGACGAGGGAGUGGGGCAAGCCGCAGGGGGCGAGUCCGGCGCCUGGGACGCCUGGGAAGGGGACGAGGGGUGCGUCGUAUGGGAAGGCGCCUGCGGGCUUUGUGAAGGCGGAGGAUGCGAGUGCGGGCGGUAUGACGGCUGCAAAAGGGAAGACGGACGAGGAGCUUGAGGAGGAGAGGAAAGAGGCGAGAAGACGAGAGGAAGAGAACUCGUAUCGAGACCGAGAGCGACGGUACGAGCCACGCGAACGGACAAGACUGGCUGCCAUAGAACGUUCCAUCGCUCGCCAGCAAGCUAUCCGUGAAGCUGAAGAGCGCGAUCGCGUGGAGAUGCAGGCUCGUCUCGACGUCUGGGACGACGACGAGUCCGACGAGAUGUUCUACGUUGACCGAGCCCGCUGGCGCCAAAUGCGCGCCCGCCGCGUGGCCCUCGAGGAGCAGCACGACUCUGAGUCGCGCAUGUACGAAGAGCGCGAGGCUGAGAACCUCCGGAUCGAGUCCGAGAAGUUCCUUGCACGGCAGAUGGAGGACAUGCAGGCGCUCGCGGACGAGCAGCGUCGUGCUGGCAUGUUGCUCGACGACGGCGCGCCCGUGCGGCUCAACAUGUCGCUGCAGCAAUCUGGCAAGGCCGAUGCCUCGGGUGUUGCGAGCAAGGAGGGCGCUGCGAAGGGGAGCAGCAAGGCAGCUGUGGCGUUCAACCAGGAGGAGGAGGAGGAGGAGGCGACGAAGAAGCGCAAGGUGCCGCUUGUGAAGCUUGACUUUGGCGUCGCGGAGGGGGAUAAGGCGAAGGAGAGGUUGAAGGAUAUUCAGCAGAAUGUGCCGCAUGAUAAGGAGAGCUUGUUCAAGGGCAAGGUCCGGUGGGAUGGGUUGUCGGACUCGAUGAUAGACAGAAAACUAGAGCCGCUUAUCAAGCGCCAGAUGGUCAAGUACCUCGGCGAGCUGGAGGAUGACGACUUGAUCAUGUUCGUGCUCGAACAUCUCAAGGAUCACAAAGGCCCGCAGAAGCUUAUCGAAGGUCUUGAACCCGUGCUCGAAGAAGAAGCGCAAGAGUUUGUCGUCUCCAUCUGGCGCCAGGUCAUCUUCGAAAGCAUGGCUUACAGCGAAGGCUUGCACACCGAGCGACUCAUGGUCGACGAGUGA